UUUUCAAUGACCCUUAGGUCAAUGGCCAAGUAUAAUAAAGCGUCACAGAUUCAACCUUCCAGGUCUUCAGAAAAUUCAAUCACAGCUGCAGAAACAUCUGUGAAAACAAAUGGUGCCUUUCAAACUAGAAGAGAACCACUUAUACAGGCACAUGACACCAGCUCUCAAUUCACUGCAAUCACAAAUACUCAAAGCAUUCAGUUGUCUAGUGUAUCAUCAACUCCUGCUCAGAGAGUCAAAAUGGUUUCAUCACUGCAGAGAGAAGAUGUAUGGGAGCCGAAAUUGGUUACUGCUAAAAGAAUGUUAGCAAAGAAUCAACAUCAGGACACAAGCAAUACUAGUAGGUAUGAAAACAAUCAAGAUGAUUCCAAAGUUGUGACAAAGAAAAAAAGUAGAGGAAGAAAGAAUCUGUAUUUCUCAAUAAAACCACAACAAUCAUUAGGAAUUAAGACUCUACGUGUAACUGAAGGGAAGAAAAAAGGUGCAACAUUUCAUGAUUUGCUUGAAGCGACAAUAAUUAAAUGCUCUGAGCGUUUACAAGAAAGUCAAUAGUCUUGCGUUCACAGCAGAUGUAUUAGAAAUGUGACAAAUGGCUAGCUGACAGUUCAUCUCAGGCUUAAGUUUUCAUCCAGUUUGAAUGAUUUGCUGUGGUUCACUUCCCU